AUGGCUUUUGUGCUAGCCAUAGUUGAAGUAUUUAUCAUUCCUUUCUGUGUUUGUUUCGAGAAAGCCAAAACGGCAUGUGAAUUCAUCGACAGGAUAUAUAAGGUUUUUGCAUUCGAUCCAAUAGAUAAUGCUAGAUAUAUGCGUCCAUUGUUGUAUAAUCCCGGUAUACCUGUUCCUUCUUCAGAUCCAGAUGCUCCACAGUUUGUUUGA